AUGGCAGACGCAAUCCGCGCCGGGCUCGAAAACGCUGCGCAGACGUUCGCCGCUCCGGGCAUCAUCAAACAUUUCGACACGUCUUUCGGCCAGAAGUAUGUGCUCUACGGAAACCGGUUGACGUUGUGGAUGGUGACGGCCGACGCGCGUAACAUCGAAGUCAUCUCACGGCACCUCAAGUUGUCACAACGGCCAAUGGACCUUGGGGCAUUGGGAUCGAUGAUGCAGAUCACGGACAAGCAUUUUGCCAGCCGUCCCAUCCCCAACUUCAGCCAGCCGCCUCCCUCGUGCCUCAUUCCCACCGGAUCAGAGUUGCUCUCCUUCUCGAAGGUUGACCUCAGUGAUGGAAGCCUAUUGCCCGGCGACGAAAUUUUCAUCGUGUGCUACCUGCCGUCGGGCGAGAUGUGGCAUCACUCGGGCAUUCACCUCGGCGGCGGGUGGUACUGCCACUUCGUGCCCAACCACGGCUACAAUGCGGACGAUCUCCUAAAUGGCCGCACAGUCUCGGACUCGAUGCGCUGCGAUUCGGCCAAAGGCUUCAUCAAUGCUUUUCCCUCGGAACACCGUCAAACUUUCCGCGUGACGCCCCCAAUCCUCGCAUUCGGCCUUUACGACUACCGGCUGCGUAAUGCCCAACAUUUCUCCUCGCUCUGCUCGUAUGGAAUCGGCUUCAGCUACGAUGCAGAGAAGCUGUACGGAUUCAAGAACCAAGUGGCGGGCUCGAGGGUUGCCACCGUCGUCCCGAUGGUCCCACCCCAUCAGAAUAUCCACGAGUCCAGCAAGGAUGCCCUGAAGCAUCAAUCAGCCUACGGCUCUCACUACGUUGGUGGUCCGAUGGCGUUCAACACGGUGAAUGAGCGCCAAGUCGUCUCGCAGUACGUCGCCUCCUACGACAUGCCCGACUCAGAAUAUUUUGGAAUU